AACAUAACAUAGUAUAAUAUGCGUCUGACUCUGUUUGUGUCUUGUGAUAACGAUUCAAAUUCUAAUUCAAACGUUUUUUCAGUUUUUUGUCUUAGUUGUUGGCUUGUUGCUGUUAUUUGUUCAAAUAACUUAUAAAUGUUUUUUUGUUUCGUUACGAAUCCCGGAAUUACGAGUUUCAAUCAAGAAUUGUAGUCGUUGAAAAACCAAACUACUACAGUAAGACACAACGUCUGUUGUCUACAGUUCUGGUGACUGUUGUGAGUCGUUCGUACUGUUGAAAUAUUGAUUUAACAAGUAUCAAAAUGGAUAAUCAAGCCAUACACCAACCAAUGGUCACCGACAAACCUCAAAAUGAAGUACAAGAUUCCAACAUUCAGCCAUUUUCAGAUCACAUGAAUAUAAGUGUAGCGUUUAAAGAAAUAGUGUCCAAAGAUCCACCCAGAUAUACAAAAUUUCUCGAAGCUAUCAAUAAAACAUUUGAAGAAAUUAGUGAUUGUGUUGGUCCAGAAGAGUUUAAAAACAUAAUGGGUGAUAUAUCAUUUUUAAAAAGUAAAAGGAAUGUAUCAAAUUUGCUGUCCACAUUAAAAACUCAAAUCAGUAAUCUGAUGAGCAAGCAUUUUGAACAAAUUAUUGAAGAAGAAAAUCUGUCUGAAUUGUUUGCUAAAAAAAAUACAUUAAAAGAAGAAGAAGCAAGAAAAUAUUAUAUUAAUAACGAUGCUAUGGAAAUACUAGAAUUAGAAGAAACUUUGCGUAAACUUGAUGUAAAAAUUGCUGGUUUGGAAGAAACUAAUGAAGUAUUGUUCAAUCAAGGAAAGUUCAAUAAACAGCGGUUUGAUCAAGUAUCUGAGAGGAUAACAAUUUUAAUUGACGAAUGUCAGACUAAAUACAAUAGCAUUUUACAACAAAUAGACUUAAUAAAAAAAGAUUUUGCCAACAUACUUAAUGAUUCUUGAAUAACGAAUAGUAUUUAUUUUUAAUUUAUUAUGUAACACUAACAAUUAAAAAAUGUCAAUUAUACUUUUUAUAUUUAAUA